CAUAGUUCAGUCUGAACAGAAAUAGUUUAUUUUAUAAUUUUGAGAGUUUGCUUUUUCUCAAAAAUAUACAGGAAGCAUUACUCGCAUAGGAUAUACACAUUGUAUACGAUGAAACGUACAGCCUGCAAACAACGUUUGGGCCCCGAGGAGCCUCGUCGCCAAGCCAAGCGCAAGGGAGAAACAGCUAAGAAAACAAAUUCGUGGAUCUUUAAGAAACCCAAUGCCGGACAAACCACAUGGCUUACCACCAAUGGUGAAUUGAUUGGGGUGCAGAACAAACAUAUUGCUGAAUUGGGCAUUAAUAUCUACAAUUACGAGAAGCCAUACUUUGUCGAAGUGCAAGAAAAACAGCCAAAAGUCACCCCAGCUGAGCAGAAUAUACCCCCAGCUGAUGUCUUUGAACUUAUUCGUGCCCAAUGUCUAUAUCAGGUGAUAAAGCUGAAUAUGGCUACAAAAAUCUCAAAGGAUGGUGUGCAGCCAAGCUCAGGUGGUCGCGUGUGCCGCGAGAGAUCGAAGAGAAUCAAACCGAACACAAAAGUGUUUAAAUCAUAUAAAUUGGAAAAACUGCUUAGCAGCGAGCAUGUACAUCAGAUAUCCAGCAGGGUGCUGCUGGAAAGAAUCAAAACUUCAGCUCCGCGUAAGAUUCCACGGCCGAGCCGGGUAGUCAAGAAGAAACGACGCAUAACGCCCAUACGCAAUAUGAAAAGGCAAAAGAAGUUCAUGCAAGGCCUAAGGCAGAACUGGCGAAAGAAACACAAUAUAUCAGAGUCCAUGAAUAUGGUGUAUUGGAUCACGGUGGAGCAGCAACACUUGGCUGCACCCAAAUUGGCGCGAUUUCAUCCAGGCAUUACAAUUGGCAGUCGAAUUGACUUUGAGCUGAUUAACGUGGAAUCAACUAUGAUGCUCUUGAAAGAAACGCCAACGUGCUCGACUCUUGAGAGUUCUAAAACUAAAACCAAGAAGCUUGAUUGGGCCCAUCUUUGCUUUUUUAUUUUAGUCGUAUUGAUCAUCUCACCCUAUUCGGCAUCGCUUAGUACAUGGUCGUCCAAGGGUUUGGAAAGUGGUAGCAAUGACACAGCCUUGCGCUUGGCUAUUUACAUCUGCCACAUCAUUCUGUUAGUAUUUAUCAAGUCUAAUUAAGUAAUGCUGUAUUAUGUUUCUAAAUUGUAACUGCGUUAUAUAGCAUUUUUUAAUACACAGAAUAAAACUUUUGAG